AUGAAAGGCCAUAAAUCGAUGAGACACGUACCUAAACCUCCCCCUUAUGUUUGGUAUGUUAAUGGAUAUUUGGCUGAUCUUUACCUAAAAAGAGGAAUUACUUAUACAUUUAUAGUUGAAGGUGGUCAAAAUUCAUCAGUACCUCAGCUUUACAAUCCUCUUUAUUUAACUGAUAGUAUUUAUGGAGGCUACUCAAAAUUGAGCAAUUCAGAAAAGAAACAUGCAGUAAAAUAUACACAAGAAGAGGCUGGUCGCCUCUGCCGGUGGAUAGAAGAGGAACCUUUUGGAGAGCUUUCAGCAGAUAAAUAUUCCUCUUUUGUUGAUUUUAGAGAAACUUUGAGGCUAGAAUGUGACGAAUCAGAUGAACCUGGCAUUUUAACAUUCACGCCUAGUAAAGAUACUCCCAAUAUUUUAUAUUAUGCGAGUUAUUCAAAUUAUCAAAUGGGUGGAAGAAUACAAGUUGUAGAUGAAUUCCCUGCUGAUCUCAAAUAUAUUGUUGUUGAGCCAUAUCGUUACGACGCAAAACGGCAUCAAGAAAGGAUGGUACUGGCUAGGGAAAGUAAUGGAAAUGAGAGAAAUACUGUAAAAAUUCUAACUUGUGGCAUUUUAUUUAUUUUAACUUUUUUAUUUUUGUAAAAUUUAUUUAAAAAUUUUUUUAUUUAUUCUUUAAAAUCAUGUAAAAAUAAAUAAAUACUAGUAAAUGAAGUUGAGUGAAAAUCUCCUUUUUAUUAAUCCUUUUUUAUUGCCUAAAAAAUAAUUUUUGAACUCCUGACAUGUCCCUUUACUAUUCAAAUUUGUUAGUUUGCAACGUUCACCGCGUUCAUUUUCAUUAAC